CUUAUAUUCUUGUCAAUUGUCAAAGUUUCAUUAAACUGCAAUAGCGGAUAAAUAAGAAUUUUUCAAAACAAAUUUUGCCAGACUUUUAAACAAAUAAAACUCUACUCAUACAAAUAAAAUGUACAACAAUGAAUGCAUAGCAAUCAAAGAUAUAAAACCUGGUUUAAAGAAUAUCAACGUUAUUUUCAUAGUCUUGGAAAUAGGAACAGCAACAGUGACAAAAGAAAAUCGUGAAGUUCGUAAUUUCAAAGUUGGUGAUCCGACAGCUUGUAUAAAUGUAUCAAUUUGGGAUGAACCCGGUAAAUUAAUCCAACCUGGUGAUAUUGUGAAAUUAACCAAAGGCUAUGCAUCCAUUUGGCGUCAUUGUCUCACUCUGUAUUCGGGAAAGAAUGGAGAUAUCCUUAAGAUGGGUGAAUUCUGUCUCACCUUCAACGAACAACUCAAUAUGAGCGAACCUAAACGACCAGAAAUGCCAAUGGUACUGAAUCCUCAAAUGACAAUAUCAGUUCCUGGAUUACUCUCGAAUAAUGGUGCUGCCAAUGGCAAUCAAAUUGUUCAGAAUCGACCUCUGGCAGUUCCUUCUACGGCACCAAAUGUUGUUCCUCCUCUAUCUAGUCAAGGACAAAAGUUACAAACCCAACAAAGUCGGACCAUACCAACAGCUGACGCAGCCAAACCCAUUGUAGGGAUGUCGGGGCAAACUAAUGUCCAGCAGAAGCCCAAUCGUGUUGCGCGUAACAACCAACCUAGAACGAAUGUUAAGGCGGACCGCAGAUAAUAAGGCUGCAAGAGAAUAUAGUAGUUUAGUAAACAGUUGACUAAGAAGUUUGUGCAACUUGUAGAGUAGCAUUUUAUAAAUUUAAAUAAAUUAGUAUUUUUCAAUAAAAAACAUGAAAUUUUUAA